GUUCCAGGACACAGCAGCCUGUACAGUCGUCACUCUCAGAGUAUUGCCCGGGGCGGGAAAAACCGGGUUUUUUCGUGCCAACCCUGCUCCUAGCAGCCAGUGCAACCUUCACGUAUGGAAUCAUGUCGAAAAUAUAUCCAUGGAAAUAUGUACUAUAAUGACCCGGCUUGGAUACGGCGAGGAGAUGAGAAGAUGGCGGGUUGAGAAAUGCAGGGAGUUUGAUAGGCUGGUAGAAACACGAUCAAGUCAUUACAUUGAAAUUACAGCAGGAAGCAAGGCAGAGGGACUGACCUUCAUUUUCGAAAGCGACUGGGACUUGUUGCUCGUGUUUAAGGGUGUCCUCUGUGUGGAAGCUGGUAUCAACAUUCACACCAUACCUAACGACAUACACGUGUUUAGGAUGGAUACACGCGUAUAUCCAGGACACUGCAGACUGUUACAAGAGAGACGAGCGCAUACACGUUUUAAACAAAUUCUUAAUUCCCUGUGUGAUAAUGGAUAUGGAGCCGUUCUACUUAGUAGUCGUUUAUUCCUAGACGAAUGUUCGGCAUCAUUUACAAACCCAGACGUAGCGGAUCUUGAGAGAGCGGGGCCGUCAAUACCGGGGACAUUUAAGGGUAAACUAGUAUUUCAUGUAGACAGAGUACCCGCACUACGCUGUCACUGCCCCAGCAUCCUCCAAAGAUGGGCUGCCAGAACCCGUCAUUGGCCGUCACCAGUUAUAGUUCAAAAAGUCGUAUCAUUAGGAGCCUACCUAACCCCAGUCGGGUUUAAGGGAAGUGAUUAUAAGCACAUGGAAUGGAGGAUGUGCUUUAACACUGGUGAGACAGAACUUGUAAACAAUCUUAAUAGCACACAAACGCAAGUUUAUGUUAUGCUUAAAAUGAUUGUUAAAGAUGUUCUUAAGCCUUGUAAGAAAGAAGUUACAUCAUACGUGAUUAAAAAUAUAGUACUUUGGCAAGCUGAGAAUAACCCGCAGCAUAACUUUUAUAAACGCAGUUUUUUAUACUGGCUACAUGACGGACUGAGAGACCUUAAGACUGCAAUUGUCACACAACAACUGUCAUACUACAUGAUUCCGGAAAGAAAUUUAAUGGCAGCAAGUGGUUUGCAGGAAAAGCAGCAAAGUAAAUGGGUAGCAGAUAUAACGGACAUGAUGGACGAAGGUCCGAGAGUUAUACUAAGAUUACAGAGGAUACGACAGGCCGUCAUCGCGUCCCCAGAGCCGAUGUUGUGGUUCAGCAAAAUAAGGAUGGAGCUUGAGAUGCUGGAGCUGGAGGCAUUCAUCAGAACCGCACAGUGUAGCGAUGAGCCCGAUGUUAUCUUGCAGGAGAUAAAUAGACGUCAGGACGAGAUACUGAUGGAGGUGAAACAACGGAUGCGCAUAGACGGAUGUGCUGUUAAUCAUCUGAAGGAUAUCUUCUUCAGAAUUUUAAUGUAGUACUGCAUUAAAGUGUAAGAAGUUAACGGAGCCGAAGGAACUAAUCAGAGACAUGUAAUACAAAGAUUGUUUUGUUGCCAGAUUUCAAGAAGUGAUUGUAUUUGCUUUUUUCAUAAUGUUUCACUUUUUUAUAUUGUACUUGCUAUUUUGUCAUUCUAAUCAUGAAUUUGCGAAUAUUGG